GAGGGGGUUGGGGAUCCUGUUGGGGAUGUAGGCGACGCACUCGGGGAGAGUUGGUCUCACUCUGAAUUGUUGUCAGACUUCUCAAUUAACUUUGUCAGCGCUUCUAUAACUAAGCCUCCAAAUCUGCUCUGUCCAAAAAUCCUCCCUGCCUUGUUCUCCUUCAGCCCCCCAGUGCCUUAUACAUAGAGCCUCCAUUGCCAGAACUGCUUGCUGUCCCAGCUCGUCGCAUCCCUGCUCUGUCUAACCCACUUAUAAACUUCUGCCAGGCGUCUUAAUAAUUGAUAAUAAUCCUGAAUGGUGGUUCCCCCUCUCAGCACCAUUUUGCUUGGUCCAGGUUGGGGUGAAAUUAGGAGGGGCAGUGGUAUUUAAAGAUUAUCUGUUAUUAUAGAUUUAAACUCUAUGAAAAACUGGUCUGUUUGGUUUACUCAUGUGAGAUAUGAAAUCUGGAGUUUAAGGUCAUUGAAAUUUACGAUAUUGGUGCAAACUCAUCACUGGUUUUGAAUAGAACUUGACUCAUCUGGUUACUUUAUCCCAAAACACCUUCCAGGGCUAAAUAAGCAAUAACAGCAGAAAGAUCUGUUUGAGAGAGACAAAGGCAAGAGAGAAUAAGUUUAUAGAUGAGACUUGAAAAUAGAUAAGAGUAUCACAGUGGCAGAUUGAGUGCCUGGAGCUGUAGUGGGACUGAUAAGUACUAGAUUUGGAGAGAAGGGAAGAUGCAGAAGGCACCGGUCCCUUCCUAUUUUAGAUCCUGGUCAGUUAAAUUCUGAUAGUUUAAGUGGGAAAAGAUCAAAUUGGUGAUUUAAAAAGAAAUAAUUUCACUGUUGGUAGGAACUGCAAUGUCAAACCUGAUCAAAAAAGGUAGGGCUGAGGCGCUUGAUAAAAUUGUCCAACCCUGUAAAUAAACAUGGGAUUUCUAUUUUUUUCUGCUGUACAUGCAUUAUAAAAAACAUUCCUUUUUUAAAAAGCAGUAUUAAACCGAAUUCUGCAGAUAUAUUCUGUACGAGGCAAUGUGGCCUGAGUCUGAUGAGACCUGGGUUUUAUUCCCAGUUCUGCCACAGCUUGCUAGGCCUGGGUCACUUCCCUUUCUGCCAGAGUUUUCCCCAUCUGUAAAGUGGGGAUAAUGCUACUGACUUCCGUGGUAAAAUGCUUUGAGAUCUACUGAUGAAAAGUGCUUUAUAAGAGCUAGGUAUUAUUAUAACCUCAUUGUAAUUUACUGUCAUCUUGAAAAACAUAAAUAAUACAUUUGUGUUGGCUUCUAAAAUGAGAAAAACAGGCCUCAACAGCCCUAGUGUAUCAAGAUGGGACACUGUCUCAAAGAGAGUACGGCUGUGACUGUGGAUAGAAGACAUUCAAGCUUAAGAAAAAAAAAUGUUUGAAUGUUUUUGUUUGAUCUGUUUCACGUCUCACCAUGUUUAUUCUCCCCCCGCUCCUCCUCCACCCCCUCACCUAUCCUUUGUCCAAGGUAAAUGUUGGCUUUCUGUGUGCUAGUUUGUUCAGUUCAGUGUCUGGCAGGAUUCAUUUACAGAUGUCUUCUGUUCAUGUGAAAACCAGACAGCUUCUCUUUUUCUGGUGGAGCUGGGACAUUCCCGGCAUUUAGUCAGAGAGGGCCAUGUGAUGUGAGCUGGCCUUAAACGGGCCAGGAAAUUUCUUUGGGGAGAACCUCCCCUGCUGGUGUUUUAUGCAGAAUCUGCACAUGACUGUAGCACUAUGUAUCUGUUUAACUUGCCUGACUAACAGUGGGCUAGAGAGAGGUCCUAUUUAAGAGAUGAAUUGCUGCUUUUCCUUCCCUGGUCCAUACAAAAGCUUUUGUUUUAGUUAGAAAUGUUUCUUUUAGAUCAUAGCAAGCUUGGUCUGAUGAAAAGUUCUUGAUUGACAGUCCUGGAGACUAAACUCAAACAUCUACAGAAUAAAUCCAGCUCUCAGGUCUGACAGGGAAGUCAUCUCUGUCCAUGGUAUAUGUACAGCCAUGUUCUCAUAGAUGAGCCAUCCGGUUACUGUAUUAGAUGCAGAGGAAGACACUGUUCACCCUUUUAUAUUACAUAUGAAAUAGACAAAGACCAGACACACACACACACUCCAUUCGUCCUCAUGCUCUACUGGGUAAGUGUUUGUGAGCAUCAUGGAAGUAGUGAAACAUUGCCUGAAUUCAGCUCCCAAAUUUAUUGCUGAAAUGUCAUAUUGUUACUGGGACAACACAGAGGUGCCUAUUUAUGGCCUAGUUCAGAAUUCAAUGGAACUACACAUUUGCCUAAAGUUAGACAUAUGUUAAAGUAUGUUGCUGAAUUUGAGCCUAUAUCUCUUCUGAGUGGUCUAACCAGCACAGAAUUAGGGUUACUGAUCAAAACAGUAACUGGUAUGCUUCAUAGGAGAAUGUCACGGUUUUUUUGCAAGAAUUGGAGCUCAAUCUUAUACAUACAUGAUCUUUAUAUUGGUUCUGGAAUGUUACUGCAGUAGCUGUCUUCUCAUUAUUUCAGUGACAUUGGAUUCCCCCAGUCUCUCUACAAUUGUGGAUGGACUCAGGCCCGCCAACGCAGGGGGCAAAGGGAACAAUUGCCCAGGGGCCUAGGCAAUUUAAAAGGGCGCGGCGACCCUUUUAAAUCGCUCGGGCGGGCCGCAGGCCUCCUAGGCACGUGCGUGGUGGUACCAGCGGCGGUGAAGGCAGCCGGGCGGGCAUGUGGAAGCCCUGGCCGUGCCGAAAGAGCGUGCCCAGCAGCGUAGCUGGCAGCAGCUCACUGGGCACCAGCCAGGGCAGGCGCAGCACCGCCCAAAUGUCAGGCAGACUGCGUCCAUGUGGGCGUGGCUUGUGCGUGUGUGCUCCAGCCGCCGCACGUGGUCCAGCUCCGCGCUCAUGUGGCGACUCCACGCCGGGCCCGGGGGCCCAUUGACUGUUCUGCCCUGGGGCGCGGAAUUGCUGUCGGCGGGCCUGGAUGGACUGUUUGGUACAGGGUAGUUUUUGCCUCCAGUAACUACAGGUGAAAGGGCAUGUUUUCCAAAGUAUUGCUUUUACACUUAGACAUUUUAGGCUGGAUUUUCCAGGGAGCCUAAAAUUGUUAGGCCGUAACUCCUAAUUAAUUUCAAUAGGAAUUGGGUGCCUUUGAAAAUCCAAACUUCUCUUUAGGAAGUUUGCUUGUGCACUCAGGGCUCUUAUUUUGGAAUAAGUGUGUCUACAAACUGAGUUACACAGGAAUAGCUAUUGAACUUUAAAUUCACACCAUGCAUUAAUCAGAAAGAACUUUCAAGUAUAAAUUAGCUUUUAGUGUUUAAAAGUGGCUGCAUAAAACUGCACAACUGUUGGUGCACAAAACUGGGUGUUUGCACAUUUAAGUGGGUGUUUGUGCACAUAUAGUUUAGGUAGCCAAUCUUGACAUCUGGAGUCUGGAUUUUGGAAAGCAAGCAGGAUUUUCUUUCUGCUUGUAAGCGCAAACUUGACUUGAGUUUAAGGUUGUAAUGAAUUGUUUGAGCACAUAAGUGAGUUAAUAUUCCCAUUACUGUUCUCUCACUGUCAAAGUGACCAUGCUCUGGGACGGUUACAUGGAAAUCCACGCCAGCAGAGACCGCUUGCUGCAGUUCCUGGUUCCAUGAGGCUAGUCUACUAGGCAGAUUGCAGCUAAUGGUUUAGUAAAAGGGGAAAAUGAAUCCCCUGUCUCUUUAAACUGACUUAUAUGUAAUCUGGAUAUUGUACAAAUUUUAAGCUUGCAUAACUAGAAAACGUCCCCUUAUCUGAUUUUAAGACCGGUGCUUGUGGUAAAUCUUUCAUGACAGAGGGAUAUCUAUGACCGUUUCUCUUACUUCACAGCAUUUGUAAUGGAUCUGAAGCAAUUAAGCACUCCUCAAAGACCAUAUUCAGGCUGAAAGGAACUGGGAGCUUUCAGGAUGGCAGCAGAAGUGGAACUCAACCAUGUCCAAUCAACAUCUGAAAUGGCAGAGGGAGAGGAUGACGAACACAUUUUUCAACCCAUGAUGUUCCUGGAGCCUCAACAGACGAGCAUUGAUAUGAAGGCACUUCUGGUCAAGAAAGUGAAGAAAACUUGCAGCUGCACCCCAGCCAAAGUUAAAGACCUGAUUUUCAGUUUUCUCCCUGUCUUGCAGUGGCUCCCCAAAUAUAAACUGAGGGAGUACAUCCUGGGAGAUAUAAUGUCUGGUGUGAUAGUGGGCAUCCUGCUGGUCCCACAGUCCAUUGCCUAUUCCCUAUUGGCCGGCCAGGAACCUAUAUAUGGUCUUUACACAUCCUUUUUUGCCAGCAUUAUUUAUUUCCUAUUUGGUACCUCUCGUCAUAUAUCAGUUGGUAUUUUUGGGGUGCUUUGCCUGAUGGUGGGACAGGUGGUGGAUCGUGAGGUACAGAGAGCUGGGUAUGACAUUGAGCCCAGUGUUCAUAGUGGCCUUCAGAGAGAUAUGGUCAGUUAUGUAAAUAUCACCACUUUGGCUGUGAACCAGACAUCACAACCGCUGUUAUGUGAUAGAAGUUGCUAUGCAAUUACUGUGGGAGCCACGGUGACCUUCAUAGCUGGAGUUUAUCAGGUUGCUAUGGGCUUCUUUCAGGUGGGCUUUGUCUCAGUGUACCUCUCUGAUUCCUUACUCGGCGGAUUUGUCACAGGUGCCUCCUUUACUAUCCUAACAUCCCAAGCGAAGUAUCUCCUGGGCCUGGACAUUCCACGCAGCAAUGGCAUUGGCUCCCUCAUAACCACUUGGAUAAACAUCUUCAAAAACAUCCACAAGACCAACAUCUGCGACCUCAUCACCAGCUUCUUGUGUCUCCUUGUCCUCGUCCCAACCAAAGAGCUGAAUGAGCACUUUAAAUCCAGGCUCAAGGCCCCCAUACCCAUUGAACUGGUUGUGGUUGUGGCAGCUACGCUGGCAUCUCACUUUGGGAAGCUGAAGGAGAAUUAUGGCUCUAGUGUUGCUGGACACAUUCCAACUGGGUUCCUGCCACCCCAGCCACCCAAAUGGGAUCUGAUUCCAAGUGUGGCGAUGGAUGCUGUUGCCAUAGCCAUAAUUGGCUUCGCUAUCACUGUGUCUCUCUCAGAGAUGUUUGCCAAGAAGCAUGGUUACACAGUUAAGGCCAAUCAAGAAAUGUACGCCAUUGGCUUUUGCAACAUUAUUCCCUCUUUCUUCCACUGCUUCACAACUAGUGCAGCUCUUGCCAAGACUCUUGUCAAAGAGUCAACGGGCUGCAGAACUCAGAUCUCUGGGGUGGUGACCGCGUUGGUCAUCCUAUUAGUUCUGCUUUUGAUUGCACCUCUCUUUUACUCCCUUCAGAAAUGUGUCCUGGGGGUCAUAACCAUUGUGAACCUCAGAGGAGCCCUGCGGAAGUUCAGGGAUCUGCCCAAAAUGUGGCAUCUGAGCAAAGUGGACACAGUGAUCUGGUUAGUCACGAUGGCCGCUUCGGCACUGUUAAGUACUGAAAUUGGCCUGCUGAUUGGUGUCUGCUUCUCGAUGCUGUGCGUCAUUGUGAGGACUCAGAGACCAGAGGCACCGUUGCUCGGCUGGGUGGUAGAGACUGAAAUGUAUGAAUCCCUGUCUGCCUACAAGAACCUGAAGACUAAGCCAGGCAUCGUGGUUUUCCGUUUCGAAGCGCCUCUCUACUAUAUCAACAAAGAAUGCUUUAAAUCCACUCUGUAUAAGCGGACUGGAGUCAACCCAGCCUGGGUGAAGGCAGCCAAGAAAAAGGCAGCAAAGCGAAUGCUUAAAAAGAAAAUGGUGAAUUCUGGUGGCAGCCAGGCGGACGUUGCAGUGCAGCUUGUCACCGAGCCACUGGUGUUUCACACCCUGGUGAUUGACUGUUGCGCAAUACAGUUCUUGGACACAGCCGGGAUCCACACGCUUAAAGAGAUCUGCAAAGAUUAUGGGGAGAUAGGCAUCCAGGUGCUGCUGGCCCAGUGCAAUGCCUCUGUGAGGAGUUCCCUGCACCGGGGAGAGUACUUUAAAAAAGAGGAACAGAACCUCCUCUUCCACAGUGUGCACCAGGCUGUGGACUUUGCAUUGGGUGCACAUAAGCAAAAUGGGUGCUGGGAAGGCAACAAUUGUGUGUAGGAUGAGGGAAAAAAAUUGUGGAUGUAUACAUAAUGUGCGUGCACUCACAUAGGUAAAAUGCACCAAAGUACAGGGAUAUUGUUCAAAAACUGUAGUGUAGAGCAUACAGUGUGCUUUAAUGCUUUAAUCUUGCCCUACUGGAUAGGGUGAUUAUAUAUAUAUAUAUAUAUAUAAGUAGUGCUGAAUAUAGGCAUCCUCAAUGUGAUCGUGAUUAACUUGUUAAACCAAUGUUUUUCAUGAUCCUUCUGUGUAUUCCCUGUUGGGCUCUCCAUAUCCCAGUAUUUACCCCACAUUUAGAUCUGCAUCCCCGAGACCCUUAUUACAGCCACCAUCUUUCUGGGUUGGACUUCCUUUGACAGCUGUCAGUGCUUCCCCUUAGUGCAUAGUUUGAGGCAACUACAAUUUUCCUCCCCAGUUCCAGGACUGGGCAUGCUGCCUCCGUACAGGGCCGGCUCCAGGCACCCGCCGACCAAGCACGUGCUUGGGGCGGCACCUUAGAAGGGGCGGCACCUUAGAAGGGGUGGUCAAUGUUGGGGUGGCGGGGAGCGCUCGUAGUGUUUUUUUUUUUGUUCGGCGGGGCGGCCCUCGAAGGAUUUUUUGUUUUGUUUUGGCCGGGCAGCGCGGGAGGUGUUUCGGCGGCCCGGCGCUGGGGAGGGCGUGGGCUUUGGCGGCCUGGCGCUCCGGGGGUUUGGGUGGUGCAGCGCAGUGAUCGGGGGGGUUGGGCGAUCCGGCCUGG